AGUACGUUGAAAUCAGUAUUCGCUAUGGCCCACACAGGUGGCCUUCCUUGGUUUCUGCGAGAAUGACUAAUAUUUACUUUCUCAUUUCUAAAUAUCUAAUUCAGAUUUCGGACACCAAAAAAAUUAGUAACUUGCAAGAAUGGAAGACAGGAAGCAAUCGCCUCCUCAUGUUCUCAUCUUUCCCUUUCCAAUACAAGGCCAUGUCAACUCCAUGCUCAAGCUAGCUGAGCUGUUGGUCCUCGCAGGCCUCAAGGUCACCUUCAUCAACUCCGACCACAAUCAUGACCGCCUCGUAAGAUUCACCGAUGUUGUUGCUCGGUUUGCCAAAUACCCCAGUUUUCAAUUCAGGACCGUACCGGAUGGUCUGCCAGACGAUCAUCCGAGGGCCGGUGACAUGGUCACGGAGAUAUUUGAUGGAUUGAUUGUGAAAACGAAGCCAGCUCUGAGAGAUCUGUUGGUUGUUAUUAGGCCCCCUGUGGACUGCAUCAUCGGAGAUGGGAUUUUAGGAUUUGUGCUUGAUGUUGGUCAGGAGCUUAAGAUUCCGGUCAUCCAAUUUCGUACAAUCAGCUCUUGUUGCUUUUGGGUUUACUAUGUAAUUCCAGAUCUCAUCGAAGCCGGGGUGAUUCCAAUUUCAGGAAAUGAAGACAUGGAUCGGUUGGUAAAGGUUGUGCCGGGAAUGGAAAGUUUCCUCAGAAUCAGGGACCUUCCCAGUUUUUGCCAAACCAAAAACAUCGAAGAUUCAUCUUUGCAAAAUGUUGCCAUGGCGACAAGAAAAAGCUCCAGAGCACAUGCACUCAUAUUCAACACGUUUGAAGACCUAGAAGGACCCAUACUAUCUCACAUCCGCACCGAAUGCCCUAAAAUCUACACCAUUGGACCACUCCAUGCACAACUCAAGACAAGACUCCCUGAGGAUCAGAAAAACAAGGCGUCAUCGGAAUCCUCCAACAGCCUCUGGGCAGUGGACAGAAGCUGCAUUUCUUGGCUUGAUCAACAAGAAAAACAAUCUGUUAUCUAUGUUAGUUUUGGGAGCAUUACUGUGAUGACUAGAGAGCAACUCAUAGAAAUUUGGUAUGGGCUUGUGAAUAGCAAAAGGAGGUUCUUGUGGAUUGUAAGGCCGGACUCCGUGGUGGGCCAUGGAGGGGAAGAUAUUCCACAGGAACUCAUAGAAGGGACCAAGGAGAGAGGGUAUUUGGUAGAUUGGGCCCCGCAAGAGGAGGUACUGGCCCAUUGGGCAAUUGGUGGAUUCUUGACCCACAGUGGAUGGAACUCUACAUUAGAGAGUUUGGUUGCAGGGGUUCCAAUGAUAUGUUGGCCUUACUUCGCUGAUCAACAGGUGAAUAGUAGGUAUGUGGGUGAGGUGUGGAAGCUGGGUUUAGACAUGAAGGAUGUUUGUGAUAGAAAUGUGGUUGAGAGGAUGGUCAAUGAUAUAAUGGAGGAGAAAAGGGAAGAGUUUGUGAAAUCAGCAAGGGAAAUGGCUAAGUUGGCCAAAGAAUCUGUCAGUGUUGGUGGGUCAUCUUACUGUAAUUUGGACCGUCUGAUUGAGGACAUCAGGUUGAUGAGUUUGAAUAUGUAAGAUCGUGAUGGCCAGGAACCAUGAUUUUAUACAUGGCAGGGCCUAAUAAUAAUUGGACAAAAUUGUCAAUUUACUGUAGUAGCCUCAUUUUUUAUAGUUGUCUUGCUUAUGGUCUAUUUAUUAUUGUUAUUGAUUCUCUUAAGAACUGAUGAGUUCUUCAACGCUUAUGUUAAAAAAUAACCCAUGAGUUUUUCA